AUGCAAUUCAGUGUGCUCACUUGCUUUCUUUUGACCACGCAAGUGUGCUCGUUUCAUCCAACCUUGUCUACAUGGUUCUCUUAUCGAAAGGUGGACAAUAGACGGAUCACGCUUCACUCAACUGAGGAUGACAAUGGGGAGACUGCUACACUGGUAUUGGAUGGAGGAACAGCUGUAUCCACUGGUCCUCUACCGUUUGUUUCCGAUGAAUUUCUCGCUUCAUUUGUGCAAGAUACUUCAAAUCGCAACCUUCUCGCAUCGGCGGGUGGUGAUCGACCUUUGGAGGAAAUCCAGCUGACUUCUGACCUCCUGAAGACUUGGCAAGACGCUUGCAAGGAACUAGGUCUACAGAAGAUUCCUUAUGAAACCGAUUCCGUGAUCAAGGUCCGAACAAGUGGCAUCAACUUUCCCGGUCUCCAACUGGAAUCCACAGCUUCCAUUGGUAUUAUGGGAGAUGCGACAAACGAGAAUCAAGUUUACGAAUUUGUCUUGAUUCAAGACGAGAACAGAGUGAAAGGGUUGCCACCGAUCGUAUGGAUCUUCAACAAACUUACUGGAUCCGACGGAAAGGGAAAUGGCAACAAUCAAUCAACCUCUUCGCGCACAACCCUUGUCUACAAAAAGAUCAGUGAGUCCGCAUUCUUUUUUACGAUCAAAAGUCGUUUGGUGGUCAACGUCAAAUUCCCUGCCUUUUUAUUAAAGAUUCUUCCAACCAACAAGGAAAAGGCGGAAGAAACUGGUUCAAAGGAUGUCAAUUUGGCAUUGAAGGCGUUCGAAAAGGCGUAUUUGGAAAAGGCCAAGAACGAAAGGGCUGCUAACAUAUCUUCAUAA